UUUGUUUAUAUGGGGUGUUAGAGUAAUGGGUUCUCAUUAGAUAUUAAUUGUUGUAUUUCUACUUUUUGUUACAGCUAAUAGUUUGAGAUUAUAAGCUGAAGUGUGCUUGUAAUAUGAUUUUUGGCUGUGGAUCCGUUGGCUGUUUACCAUUCCAAGAGUGUCAUCGUUUAAAUCGAAACAAGAGAAUGAUAUUGGUUACCUUGAUGGUGUAGUGCCCGACGAGAUUAUGAUAUUAGGUCCAUUAGAGAGUUGAAUUCAUACAUUUCAUUUACUAUUCAUGCCGCUGCUGUUUCAUCUCAUCAUGGGAUUAUGUGUGAGGGGCAAUUUUAUGCCUGUGAUUUGCUUUUGCUGUUUUUCGUGCCCUUUUUGUUUCAAUUUUAUGUGUCAACUAGGGGAAGAGUUGUUAAUUGUGCUGUUGCCUUGGUUUUUGUUGUUAUUUGUUUGGAAAAUAGAGUUGCACUCCAUUCAUUUGGAAAGUAUAUUCAGGUGCACCACCUUUGAGUUAUCUACCUGUGACUAUUUCGAUGCUGGGAGGGGCAUCUGCUUUGGGUUCUUAAUGCUUAUGCAAUUGGCUAAUAUUUUGAGAUUAGACGUUGAAGUGUGCUUGUAAUGAGAAGCUGAAGAAAGACUAUUGCAUUUGAUUCAAGGGCGACGAUGGAUUGAAGCGCGCGGAUCAUUUAGUUGAUAAGAAAACCAAAUGUUUGGGUUUUCGUAUGGUGAGGUCUUCCUUUUAAUUGGAGCUACUGCUGCCCUAAUCGGUCCCAAAGAUCUGCCAAGAAUAGCUAGAACAGCAGGUAGAUUGACAGGUAGAGCGGUUGCCUAUGUUCAAAUGGGUCGUGGGCAGCUUGAUAAUAUCUUGCAGCAGUCUCAAGCCAGACAGGUGCAUAAAGAGCUUCAAGAUACACUGGCACAACUAGAAGCAAUUCGUCAUGAAGUUCGGAGCUUAUCAAUGUUAAAUCCUGGUCCUUUGACUCGAAGGUUGGAUAAUAUGAAUCCUAAAUCUCCCAUUACUGGCAAUGAUGUAGCACAGAAGCUCACAGAAGAGAAUGCGCCGACAAGCACCAUUAUAGAGGAAUGUAAUUCAACAACCCUAAGUGCAGCUAAUUUAAACAUUGUCGCAAAGGGAUCAAGUUCAAAAACCUCAACUGCGACUAAUUUGCAAAGCCAAGCAGCAGCUUAUUCAAGAUUAGCUGAAUCUAAGAUGAAGGGAAGUGGAGAUGCAGAGAAGCUUAAAGAGGAAAUUGGUCUUUUAGCUGUUCUUCCUGUGUCUGCGGAAGGCACUGGGUUACUACCUAAUACAAAAGGCGAUGCAAAUGGAUCAGAUAUUAUGCUGGAAGCGAUUCUAGAAGCGGAGGUGGCAGAGAAUGCCAAAAAAUUCUUUGAACAACAAGUAAAUCAAAUUCCAAGUUAAUGAAAGAAGGGGGAAAAAACUUGAACUCUUACCAAGAUAUAACUGUGAAGUUGCAAAGUAAAAAGCAGGAUCAGUUUGCGCAUCUGGUUGAUUGAAUGUACCAAGUUUCAGUUUGAGUUCUUCUUUAUUAUCCAUAAUACUGCACCAGAUUAUUUUAUAUCUACGACUUGCAUAUGAAAGCGUCCAUUAGCUGAUCUUAAGGUUCAAUUUUAACUGGUGACUUCGCUUACAUGUCCAAGUCAAAUCCAUGAGCACUGUAAGCAUUUUUCUGCUCUGUGCUUGCUUUGGGUUGACAAUUUAUUGAAACACACCAAAAUAAGGUGUAUCACAGCUUCUUCCUUUCAUAAUGUUAUCUAGCCUAUUAAUCUUA